AGUUGGCAUUUUUGCAUACAAACUUGCAAAGAAAGAAAAACUAGUAGUAAGUAAUAAAGAGAGUGGGGCUUUAAACAAUGGCCACUAUUAUUAUUCCUAUUCCAACCAUUAUUAUUUCUUUGGUUAUUCUUUUCCUUUCUACUAAUUGCCAAUGUUUUGCCAAAGUUCAUCAUCCUCCAACUUUGGAACAAGAACAUCACUUUCAUACUGUUGAAGUUAGCUCUCUUCUUCCUGCUACUGAUGAAGAGGGUUGCAAUCCUUCCCCAAAAGGAAUUAAAAAGGGAAAUUCUCUAGAAGUGAGGCAUAAGCAUGGGCCAUGUUCAACAUUGGAGUCAGACAAAGAAAGCCGCACAAUCCACGUUGAAAUUCUAGAAAACGAUGAAAAACGAGUUGACUCAAUUAGGGAGCGAGUCAAGCCUAAAUCGGUGGAAGUUGACUCGGUGACGGACCACAAAAAGGCACCAAAAAAGGACAGAGUUAAACAAAAAGCAGUGGGCCUUCCAGCAAAGUCCGGUAGUACUAUUGGGUCUGGCAAUUUCAUUGUCACUAUUGGCCUUGGUACCCCUAAAAAGGACCUCUCCCUUAUUUUCGAUACAGGUAGUGAUUUCACAUGGACACAAUGUGAACCAUGCAAAAGAAGCUGCUACAAGCAAAAAGACCCCGUGUUCAACCCCUCAGAGUCAUCAACGUACUCGAACAUUACAUGCACCUCGACGCUAUGCUCGGAGGUGAGAUCGGCCACCAGCGCGAAGCCGGGAUGUGCCGGCUCCACAUGCGUUUACGGCAUACAAUAUGGGGACUCAUCCUUCUCGGUUGGAUUCCUUGCUAAGGACACUCUAACUUUGGGCUCCUCCUAUGACACAAUUCCAAACUUUUAUUUUGGAUGUGGUGAGAAUAAUCAAGGCCUUUUUGGUGGGUCUGCUGGGCUUAUUGGGCUUGGUAGAAACCAAUUGUCCGUUAUGUCACAAUGUGCUACCAAAUAUGGUCAAGUUUUCUCUUAUUGUUUGCCUUCCAAGGCAAGCUCUACCGGUCAUCUCACCUUUGGUAAAGGGGGCACGAGUUCAAAGUCGAUCACGUACACACCUCUCCUAUCAGGGUCAGCAGGAGCAUCCUUCUAUUUCAUAGACCUACAAGGCAUGUCAGUUGGUGGCCAAAAACUUUCAAUCCAACCCACAGUCUUUACACAAGGUGGAGUCCUAAUCGACUCCGGUACCGUGAUCACCCGUCUACCACCAGAUGCAUACACAGCAUUACAAACUGCCUUCAACAAGGCCAUGUCCAAGUACCCUAAAGCCCCUGCCCUAUCGAUCCUCGAUACAUGCUUCGACCUCAGCAAAUAUACCACAGUCACAGUGCCUAAGAUUGGGCUUCAGUUCGGUGGUAAGGCCGAAAUCGUGUUACCUGCAGCAGGGAUUUUCUAUGUGAAGGAUCUCUCACAAGUUUGCCUUGCAUUUGCUGGAAAUGGAGAUGCAAGUGAUGUUGGAAUUUUAGGAAAUGUUCAGCAACUUACUUUUGAUAUUGUUUAUGAUGUUGCUGGUAGUAAGCUUGGGUUUGGGCCUGGUGGGUGUGUCUAACAAAGAAGAAAAUCAUACUAUUAUAUACUUAUAUUAUAUAGUUUGAUUUGAUAACAUUACUCGAUGCUUUGUAGUUAAAUUAAUUAGUGCAAGGAGAAUCCUUGCAAUUUGUCAUUUCUAUGUAUUUGUAAAUGUAUUUGCCUUUUAAAUCAUCAAUGAAGUUUCAAAAAAAGAAAUCAAGACAAAAAAAAAUUAUGUA